UUCUGACUGCUCCACAAACAAGCCUGGUUGCUGUCAGAUGCGCUUCUAAGAAAACUGGGGGCAGCUCAAAAAAUCUAGGUGGUCGCAGUCCUGGGAAGCGCUAUGGAUUCAAAAAAGUAGAAGGUGCCUUUGUCCACGCAGGCAACAUUUUGGCUACUCAGCGGUUGAUACGUUGGCAUCCAGGGGCUCACGUGGGGAUGGGCCGGAACAAGACACUCUAUGCCCUGGAGGACGGGAUCGUAAGAUACACCAAAGAGGUUUACGUCCCUCUGCCCCGCAGCAGUGAGAGCAGGGAAGUGAUCUGUCGUCUACCCAAAGGAGCAAUUCUUUACAAAACCUUUAUCAGUGUCAUCCCUACCGCAGAAGUAGGAAGCUUUAAACUGGUCACCAUGCUCUGAGCCUCCUGCGUCAUGUAGGGACGGAUGGGAAGGAGCAGCUGGGACAAACCACUCCAGCUGGACUGGCAUCUGAGGACAGGAGCAUUCUAGCUCUGAAGAUACCAGUUGAGGACUUUGCUUUCUUGCUCCCAAAGCACAUGUCAGUGCUCAGGCACU